GCAGGAGAUAAGCCAUAUUCCUGUGAUAUUUGUGGAAAAUCAUUCCAUCGAAAUUACCACUUAACAAGACACAAACUCACUCAUACAGGUGGUAAAACCUAUCACUGUGAUAUCUGUGGUAAAGCGCUAACUCGAAAAUCCAACCUAGAUAUGCAUAUGCGUAUUCAUACUGGAGAGAAGCCAUAUUGCUGUGACAUUUGUGGUAAAUCAUUCUCUGGCAGCAGUUAUUUUACUAAACACAAACGCAUUCAUUCAGGAGACAGGCCGUACUGCUGUGAUGUCU